AAUUUCACCGUUCGGUGGCGACACUGGAUCAAAAGAAUUAGGGCACACGGUUUCGAAAUUUUCGAGAUGAAAAAUCACUAAAUUCAGCUAAAAUGUCGAAAAGAAACGCUGUCUCGUAUAUUAAGCAGGACGAACCAUCCUUUCUGAAGCAGUUCAAAGAAAAGGUUGGCUACGUAGAAGGCCCAAAUGUUGAUACAAAGCGUGAAAUCCAACCACCCGGUGAUGAUGACAGCGAUGAGGACAGACCGGAUGCAGAGGAUGAAAAGCCACAGAUUGUUGUUUUGAAGAAGGGUGAUAUGACGGCAGAGGAGGUUGAGAAGAUGGAGAAGGAGGAAGAGAAAGAAGGCAACAGUUUUGAGAUUGAUGUCGGCCUUGAGGAGCCUAAUGAUGCUCCCAAGGAUGGAAAGAUAACAUUUAAAAAGCCAACAAAGAGAUCAAGUGAUGAGUCGUCAGAUUUGGUGACCUCUUCAUUUAAAAAAAAGAAGGAGGAAAAAACCAAGGAGCAGAAUACGUCGAAGGCGACGAAGAAUUCAAGUCUCUUGUCGUUUGGUGAUGAUGAAGAGGAGGAGGAUAGUGAUGAGUGAAUGUUGGUUAGGUGGCGACACCAGCAGUACUGAAGAGAAAUGAUGGUCAGAGCGUUUCCUUUACAAACUGCAGGCCAUUGGUCUGGUUCUCACGGGGACAAAUACUGGUCAAUGUGGCAAACAUGUGUAGUGGAGUCCCAGACUAUCCACCUCAGGGUAGAUUGUCUUGGGCAGAGUUAGUCAAAAGGAACGUUUGUCCUUGGUUGCCAAAACACAACCCGAUACAUAACUGCAUAAUGCGGGUUUAGGCUGCAGUUGGACUGUGAGAUUUUGCUCUUGCCAUAUGGAGACCAGACUCCAACUCAUGUGCUCAUCUUCGCACCUUCCAAAUGAAGAAAAGAAAGGACACUGCCAAAAUGGACUGACCAUCUGGUGCACAUCUCAAACGGUGGAGAAGAAGAGGUCAUACAUUGAAAUUAACUAUUGUAGUAAUAUAUCCAGCAUGUUCAGACAUAUUCAAGAAGUAAAAAGACCGGGGAAACCUCCGGUUUCAGGUCUUGGGAAAUAGGCAUGAUGUUUUCCUUAUGGUAAAAUGGCAGCAAAUUUGUAGUCUAAAAACACAUGUUAUUUAUUGUCAUUGCUUAUGAAUAUUAAAAGGACAUUUUUAAUUGAAAGAAAUUGUUCUCCAAUAAAAACAUUUGGGACAGAAAAGCCCAGUAGUGCA